AGACAUUUCAAAUAUCAUAACGUCGUGAAAAUGUUAAAGCGUAACAAUCUACUACUCUUGGCUGUGGUGCUGACACUCACCACACUAUUCGUACAAAAUCAAGCCUCGGUGAUACCACCCAAGCUAAGCGGUGUCAUUGGCAAAGAAGGACAUAUUAUUGGCGGGGUUGAAACUGCUAUUGAGCGCCUGCCAUACCAGGUCUCGGUACGUUUGGAUACAAACACUUUGCUGCAUAUUUGUGGUGGUGCCAUCUAUGCUCCUCGCGUCAUUCUCACCGCGGCCCAUUGCAUCAAGGGGCGUUAUGCUUCGAACAUACGUAUUGUGGCUGGAAAAUCCUCUCUGCUCGAUAAUGAUCCUGGCCAUGAAGUCAUCAAAUUAAUUUCUCAUCCUGGAUACAAUAAAAAAACCCAUGUCAACGAUGUGGGUCUCAUUAUUUUGGCCGAUCCUUUGGUGUAUUCGGAGAGUGUGCAAGCCAUAUCGUUGGCUGCAGAGAAACCCCAAGCUGGUCGCACUGCCAUUGUAAGUGGUUGGGGUAAAAGUUCUGAGGAUGCCACAAACAUAUCCAAUCAUUUGCAAAUGGUCGAAUUGAAUAUUGUCGAUCGUGAGUAUUGCAGUAGCCAAUAUGCCAGUCGCAGUUAUGACAUUACCGAGGAAAUGAUCUGUGCCGGAGUUGAGGAUUCGAGCAAGGAUUCGUGUCAAGGUGAUUCCGGUGGUCCAUUGGUGGUAGAUGGCAAAUUGGUGGGUCUUGUUUCCUGGGGUAUUGGUUGUGCCCGUGAAGGUUUCCCCGGUGUUUAUGCCAGUGUUCCAUAUCAUACUCAAUGGGUUUUGGAAAAUGCCCAGCCUUAUUUGUAAAGUGAAUGUCUAAAAAAAUGGGGAAUUGAGGAUGUAAGGAGUUGAAAAAGUAAAGGUGAGAAUUCAUAAGCAACUUCAAGUCUUCGCCUGGCAUAUUUUGUGACAUAUCAUAAAAGGAUUCCAGAACCGCACUCUGGAAUUCUGCCGUCGUUUUCUUUAUAAUUUGAUAUGCCUAGUCAUGAUGCCAAGCUACUUAUGUACUCACACCUUGAGGCUCUGACAAUCCCCCAUAGUGUAAUGAAGCCAGAAAAAAAAGCACAAAGUCCUCAUUCUGUUUCCGCCAAAAACGAACAAAUUUUUACUAAAAACUUAAGCCAAAAAUGAACAAUGUUUUAAUUAAUUAUUUUAUUAUAUAUUUAUCCAAAACAUACACAUAUAUAACAUUAAUUUGUAAAUAUAUUUUGAGAAAAUCAUUAAAAAUAAAUAUAUUACGAAUUUCACAGCAAAUA